CGCAGCCGUCAGUACUCAGUGCCGCAACAAACGCCGGCGCGACAGCUAGCAACCUACCGUCCGUUGGUACGCUAACUACCGUUCGCAUACGUUUUCAAAACAAACAAUAUAACACGAGUGAUAUGCCGCAGGCCAAGUGUUUGGUAAACUUCAGUGUUGUGAUAGCUUUCGCUUCAACUUGUGACGUUUGUUAGUACGAAAAUAUUGCUGUCUAGAUCCAGAAGGUGAGAGAAGAUGGCAAUGAAGGAGUGGCUUCAAUGGCUGCCACCGCCGCGUUCCCUGCUGGCACUGCUUAUAGCCAUUGCCGGUUUCAGCGGCCGACUCUUCGCAGCACAUCUGACACACUCGCCAACUCUACUCGUCGACACCUGCCAUUCGCUAUGUAGACUCGUUGGUCUGAUCACAACAUUACUAGCUUAUAAGUAUGAAAGAGCCGACGAAGGCGCCGGUCGAGAAGGUCGUCUCCGGAACACAUUCGGCUGGGCCCGCAUCGAGGUGGUGGGGCGCCUGUCCAUCCACGUGUUGUUCGCGUCCUUCACCCUGGCCCUCGUCGUGAACGCGCUCCAACUGGGGGUGCACUCCUCACAUGUACAACCCCCUAAGUACCCGAGGGUGAUUGUCGGCAGCGCUGUCAUUGGGCUGCUGUUUCAUGCCAUCAAUUAUAUGCUACUCGCCGGUCGCGAACUGAGCUACAGUCGGCGGCUGAGUGUGACGGAAGGAGGGGAAGUGGUGUUGAAGACUGGCUCCGCAGAGCCCGUGCUUGCUCAUGCUCCCACAGACAUAGCCAGCAGUCUAUUCGUGAUGGGCGCGGGGCUCACGCUGGAGUGGGAGCCCGUCGCCGCCAGGAUCGCGGACCCGGCGCUCUCCGCCGCUGCUGCGAUCAUCCUCGUCAUCUUUAAUUAUCCUUUCAUGCGCUCGGCGGGACUGGUGCUUUUGCAAACGGUGCCUGAAGGUCUGGGCGCGUGUGAUUUGCGCGCCGCCGCGCUGCGCGUGCCCGGCGUGCUCGCCAUACACGAGCUGCAUGUGUGGCAACUGCACCGCGACCGCCUGGUGGCUACUGCUCACGUCUGCUACGGCUCGCAAGAGGCUUAUCUGCAAAGCUCUGGACUAGUGUGCGACAUUUUCAAACGCUACGGCAUUGGACUGGUAACGCUUCAACCUGAAUUCUCGCUAUCUACAAUCAUGGGUACGGAUGAGGAAAAGAAAAUGUUAGUGGACUUUGCAAACGCGGCCUGCUCCUGUCCUUGCGCCAAGGAAUGCACUGCGCCGCGCUGUUGCCAGGCGCCUCGGAGACCUUCUAUUACUCGUAUUUGAUAAAGUUCAAAUAUCUUUGAAUGCCAUCAUGAUUCUUAAGCGUUAUGUAUAGAAUUCGCAUUUGAAUUUACAUUUAUAAGACAAACCAAGGCUUGGUAAACAUUUUGUCUAUACUCGUAUUGAUAAAUGUAUUAGCGAUGAAACACGACAAUCGACCUAGCAAUUCAUCGUCUCUAUUGAUGGAUCUAGUAUUACCUAAUUUCCUGCUGAGAUCAGUUUUGUUCUUUUUGACUAUUUUUAGUGAUCAUCCAAUGUUUAAAAUAAAUAUUUUUUUAAAGUAGAGACCUACUUUGUAAGUAUGCUUUGUAUAAUAUUACAUGGAUACAGGGUAAUUAUGUGCUCACUUUAAACGUAUGCAAUUAUUAUGAAUGUGAGAGUAACUUUAAGAUAAGAAGUAUUUUAUAUUGAAGUUAUGCGUGUUAUAAUUAAAUCUGUAAUCAAAGUUAGUACACUGUAAGCGCUCAAACGUCUAUUUAGUUAUGUAUAUAUUUUAGUCACUAAGUUAUAUAAGUAAAAUAACCAUGGAAAUAUAAGUGAAAAUAAUUAUAUCAACUUUCAAUACAAUCGUACAAAAACAAAAUCAGUACAACCAAAGAACUUUCCACAACUAAAUCGACUGUUUUUUUUAGUUUAAUUUCAAACUCAAUGUGAAAGUCUGUAAACGUUUUUUAAGAUUUUUAUUUACUUUCACUUAUAAGUUAUUGUAUACAAUUAAAUAUCUAGUUGGUUAUUUCUAGAAAAUGGUAAGAAAACGACUGUUACAACGAAUAAUCGACCAGGCUCUUCGGGAUGCCGCUAAUUUGUAACUACAAUAUUAAAAACGAUUACAAUUGGUAAUAGAACGAUGGUCUGUGAUGACCUUCAUCAUUUAUAAAUAGAGCUGAAUUUUUUUUAUAUUUUUGUGCUAAAAUGCAUAAAAAUAUUUAAAAUUAAUAAAAUAAUGCAUAGGAGACAAAUUACCUCAACCGCCCCGUUUAUUCAGUUAUUUUAAUUUAAACAUACUAACAAGUUUUAGUAUAAUUUUUAAUGAAACAAUCUUAUGUAAGUAACAAAUAUUUAUUUGAUAAGUAUACACCGCAAACUAAUUUUAACACUUUGCUGCACAAAACAAUUAAUAAUUUAAAGCUUUAAGUCAAAUCUUAAUUAAGUAAAUUAGAAAAAGAAAUUAGAUAUGACAGAAACAUUGUUCUAGGUCAUCGAAAAAAUACUUUGAAAAUACCGAGCACCUCAAAUUUUUAUUGUUUAAUUACAUAUAUAGAUAAUAUGAUUUGAAAAAAAGACAUUUUCCCAUUAAAAAGACAGUUUUCACAGAUAAACUUAUUUACUACUCGUAUCUAACCUUUUU